CUUUUUAGGGUUCUUGCGACUGGGCAGGGCGAGCUGCGGCGAUGGAGGGCUACCUCGACCAUCUCAGAUCGCUGCGCAGGCUCAUGAACGACUAUGAGGACAAGGCGGCGGUGGUGAGCGCCGAGCGGCACAAGCAAGAAGCUGUGAUACGAGCUCUUGAGAAGGAUCUGGAAUGCGUGAAUGCUGAGUCCCGGCGCUUGGAUAGCGAGACUGAUGGAAUCUUGAAGCAAAGCGGCUUCGUUUCGGCUUCGAUUCUCAGGAGCCAGAGGGAGCUUUCCAAGCUGGAUAAAGACGCCGUUGCGCUCGCGGAUGCUUUGGAGGUGCUGAAGAAAGACACAGUGGUGGAGGCCGAGUCUAUCCACAGGAAAAAGGCGCACUUUGACGAGCUUUCCAGUGACUUCGCUGCAAAGUUUGAACUCUACAAGUCCAAGGCAAAUCUCGCUCUAUGCGUUCUGUGUGGUCGGCAGGAAUAGUGUCGUUUUCUCUCGGGGAAUUUAGAAAGUAAAUCGGAACAAUGCAGCGCUUUGGAAAAGUAUACGGGAUAGUUAUAA